GCGUCUUCCCCUCUUGAACCCUCUUUUUUACCCCGCCCUUAUUGCCCGGAGCUUUGCUCAACAACAUUGGGUGAUGUCGUCUUUUUUUACCGUUCCGGCCUCGCAGCGGAAGCGAAAGAGAGAAGACCGCGCCGGAGCCCCCGCGACGAAAAAAAGAGGAGUCGAUUCAGACGGAGGCGCGAAGGCGAGGGGUGGCAGCAAGAAGAAGGAUAGAGAUCAAUCGGACUCAGGGAGCGAUAUUGAUGAAGAUGAGCUGAGCGCUGCCUCUGGACUUUCGGAUGACGAGAGUGGCUCAGAAUCCGACGAUGGAGAAACGGCCGCAGACCGGAGAUUGAAGCUUGCGGAGAGAUACUUGGAAAAUGUCCGGGAUGAGGUGGAUGACUUUGGCUUCGAUGCCGCCGAGAUUGAUCGAGACUUGAUCGCCGAGAGACUAAAAGAGGAUGUGGACGAAUUCAAAGGACGCACUUAUCGCCACAUUGCUUCCGAAUUGGCUUUCUCGACGGCUCCUCAUACCUUUUUCCGGGCAGACACACAAACGACUACGUCAAUUGCGGUCCAUGCGCCCUACGUUUACACAGUGUCGAAGGACAGGACCUUGAUCAAAUGGGAGCUCGCUACACCCGGUUCCACAACCCCUACAACAAAUGGAGAGACAUCCAAGCGCCCCCCGCGGCCACAACGGAGGAAGCCGAAGCAAGUGAGAUUCGUGAGGGGUAUGAGAAAGGUCGCCGAGACUGGCGAGGAACACGGCCAUACCAAGAAUAUCUUGUCUGUUGCCGUGUCGCCGUCCGGCAAGUUUGUGGUGACGGGAGGAGAGGACCACAAACUUAUCAUCUGGGAUACGGAAACUUUGACCCCCUUGAAAACAUUCACUCAACAUCGUGACGCUGUUUGUGGCCUUGCCUUUGCUCGCCAGAUCUCCACCAUGAGUUCCGGAGAGCAGCUAUUCUCUGGUUCGUAUGAUCGGACGAUCAAAACCUGGUCUCUCAGCACUUCCGGCCAUGCUUAUGUUGAGACGCUAUUCGGACAUCAGGACCAUGUACCGGCGGUUGCUGCCAUGGCUCUUGACGAGUGUGUCAGUGCGGGAGCGCGCGAUCGCACGGCCAGAUUAUGGAAGGUUGUGGAGGAGUCACAGUUGAUCUUCCGUGGUGGCUCUAAGAGCGCUUCUUACCAAGAAAACAACAUCGACUGCAUCGCACCUUUACCUCCCAACCACUUCAUCACUGGAUCGGACUCGGGGGCUCUCUCUCUGUGGUCCGUUCACAAGAAAAAGCCUGUAUAUACCAUUCAACUCGCGCACGGCCUCGACCCUCUACCUCCACUCGACGAACUCUCCUCCGAGGUCGACCAGACCGUCGCGGCCGCCAACUCACGCCACCUCCGCCGCACACCGCGCUGGAUCACUGCCCUGGCUACUGUUCCUGGAACGGAUAUUGUGCUCAGCGGCAGCUGGGAUGGCUUCAUCCGGGCAUGGAAGAUCUCGGAGGAUAAGAAGGCGAUCAUCCCACUGGGACCUGUUGGAGGAGGUUCCACCAUCCCGCUUACCCCCGAUACCCCAUCGGCCCAACUGAAGCAAACCCUCGAAUUCGAUACGCCAACGAGCCCGGAUCGCAUGGCUGUCGACGGGGCUCCCGACGGCACCAGCGAAGACGCCGAACCCGUCGUCAAGGGCGUCAUUAACGGCAUUGCCGUCUUCGAGCGUCGCGCAGAUACCGCCAAACCCAACCAGAUCCCAUCAGAAUCCAAACCCAAAUCCAAAUCCCAACCCUCCGGCCCCGAACCACGUGGUCUAUGCAUCGUAGCCGCCGUGGGCAAAGAACACCGCACGGGUCGCUUCAAAUGCUUCGCCAACAACUUCCACGAGGGAACCUCAUCCGACGGCCGAAACGGCGCCGUUGUCUUUGAGGUGCCAUACAUCUCCGAUAAGCCCAACUGAUUUCCCGAAUCCCCCGCGGCGCUGGCGGUACGAAAUGUUGUUAAAUGGCGUCUUGUAUCGAUAUCCAUCCAUCCAUCCAUCCAUCCAUCUAUCUAUCUAUCUAUCUAUCUAUCAUGCAUGUAUCUUAUUCCCGGGCCGGUGCGGCGGUCUUUGCAUCCUGCUUCUUUUUAUUGUGAAAAAGUUCGCCCCUCGCCGCCCCCUUAGAAGGUUUGUUUCUUUUUUUUUUCAUCUUCCUUCCAUCCUUGAUGCCGUGGUUCAGCCGGUUUAGUAUAUACUUUCUACCUACGAGAUUUUGAAUGGAUGUCCCAAUUGAGC